GGAACAGAUUUGCUUGAUCAUUAUCUUGUCAGUCAGCCAACUAUGACUGCUGCGAGUGAUGGACAGCAUUCCCUAUCUGUGGUGGUUGAUCCCAGUAACACAUUUACCUCUGGGUUAGGACUUCGGGGUGCUGUACCAAUACCAUCAGGGAGCCCAACCAUGACUGUGAACACCCUAGCUAUUGAAGAGACCUUGGAUGUACAAAGAGGUGAUCAUGUUGAUGGAGAUGAUCCAUUGCCAUUGCCAGAGGUACCAUUCACUGCAGAAGAAAGUGAAGGAUUUGGUGUGGAUGAUAUAGAAAUACCUGUUCCUCCAGCACUGGGGAACAAUGUGUCAAACAAUGUUGGGCCAGUUGCAGAGGAUGAGAAUGUUGCAGGAAGCUCAGUUGAUCUCCGCAAAUAUCUAACUAUUGCCAAAAACAAAAGAGGUGCUGCAGUCCUUAACUUCUUCACAAAGCAGGCAAGAGAUCCUGAAGCAAAGGGUAGUGAUUGCCAUGUGUAUUGCUGCAAUGUUUGCCAGAAAAGCUACCCAAGCAUUGGAUCUUUUUACUACCACUUUGCAAUUCACAGUAGAUCAUUUGCUUGCCAGAAGUGUGGUGAAUCAUGUCACUCCAGGGCACACCUCCGCACCCACAUGCAGUGUCAUGGUGUACCAUGCCAAAACAAGUGCAAGGAGUGUGGCAGGGAAUUCACGACGUUCAGCAAUCUGAAUCGCCAUAUGAAGACACACACUGAUGACCGCCCAUUUGAGUGCACUGUGUGCAACAAACGUUUCCGCGAGAAGAAGUCCCUGCAGAUCCACGGGCGGGUGCAUUCCGGCGAGCGGCCGUACCAGUGCGACAUCUGCGCGUCACGUUUCGUGCAGCUGGGCGCGCUGAACGCGCAUCGCGAGACGCACGCCGACAUCAGGCGCCACCUCUGCGACUUGUGCGGCAAGAGCUUCCGGCAGAAGGUGCAGCUGAAGAUGCACACGCUGCGGCACGAGGGAAAGAAGGGCUUUCAGUGCGAGAAGUGUCCGAUGGCGUUCAACGUGCUGAAUGAUCUGAAGCGGCACCGUCGCAGCCACAUGCAAGACAAGCCUUUCAAGUGCGACGAGUGCGGCAAGUCAUUUCCGCGACAGCAGGCGCUGACUGAGCACUUGAACCGCCACUAUGGCAACAGACCCUACCAGUGCCCUUUCUGUACAAAGUCCUACCCAGAAAUGUCUGCGUGCAAAAAGCACAUCAAGACCCACGAAGGGUCCAAGCCUUCCGGCUCUUCGCAGACUUCUACCGGUGAGUCAGCAGUGGCAUUGCCAGCUGCGACCAGUCGGUGAAAUGCGAUUGUUUUGCUGAAGUUUGUUGUUGUGUUUGCUCGUGAAAUAUAUGUAUUUACAUUGCGAGAUUGCAUUCCUUGCCAUGUCUGAAGGAACGCACGCAAAAUUCGUGUGGUUGGCAGUUUUUUAUGCGUGCCGCGAAAGAGAGAAAUUACGAACCACCAAACGUGAAAGCAUUCCAGAGGAGAAUAACCC